AUGGAUUCGAGAAGUCUUGUGCUACUGCUACUCUUCUGCCUCUUGUUCCUCCAUGAUGCUUCUGAUCUCACUCAAGCUCAUGCCGACGUUCAUGCACUUCCCACGCGCAAGAUGAUGAUGAUGAAGAAGGGGAGUGAACGGGGAGGAGUAAAUGGAGAGAAAGAAGAGAAGCUCAAAGGUUUAGGGCCAAAUGAAGAGCUUAGGACCGUUCCUUCAGGUCCUGACCCUUUGCACCAUCAUGUGAACCCACCAAGACAGCCAAGAAACCACUCUCAUCUCCCUUGA